GAAAAUAAUUUUACAUUGAAACUGUAUAUGUUUUGUUUUACCUGGAGACUAUAAAGCUUUAAAAAAGUUAAACUUUUUGUAGACAACACAGCAAAAUGCAUGGGAGCGAACAUGACAUGGACAUGUACUUGUGUACGCUGGAUGAACUAGUUGAAGAUGACAAAAAAAUCGUAACCUAUAAGUGCUUGAGCCAGGAACUUGCCAUUUCUGCCUCCAAAUCGAAAGAGUUGCUAAAAUUGUAUUCAAAAAAUGCAGAGAAAAACAAUGUUUCUAUCAUUUAUUGUGUAACAGGAAGGACAAAAACAGGGAUUCGAGUUGUGCUUGUCCAGGACAGUCAGCUUGAAAAUGCAAAAUCAAAAAUGCAUAAAGUUUUCAGUUGUGAACCCUACAGUGUACAAAAGUCAAAGUUGACUGAUCCGAGUGCUCUUUAUGCAGCAGAUUACGAAAUGACAAAGAAAUUAUUGUACAAAUGUGGCAGUUAUGGGUCGGUAAGGUUCAAUGGGUCAACUGCUUUAACGGAUGAUGAAAUCAACCAAGCGCGAACUGCGUUGGCUACAACAGCUGCUGCUAACGAAAGCGAAAACACCAUAAAACAUGAAACAACGCAACAAAAAUCCAAGAAAAUCAGUCCAAAGUCCAGCAAGACAGGCAUCAACAAUAUGUUUGGAACAUCAUCAAGCAAAGUAAUUGCAAAUGGAACGAAAAUCGUGAAACCUGCUGAACAAGUUGAAAUAAAAAAAGAACAAACAAAAAAUGAGAAACCUGUUCAGAGUAAACCAAGUGUUUCAACAACCAACAAAAAGUCAAAAUCUCACAUGCAAAGUUUUAUGACAAAAGGCAAAGGAGAUCUUUUUGCUGAAUCCAAAAGUUCCAAACCCAGUGCACAAAUUAAAAAAGAAGCGACACCCCCUCUUGCAGAAGAACCAAGCUUAGAUAUUAAUGAUGAUUUUGAAUCGCCCAAAGUAAAAGUGGAACAAGAACAGAAUGAAAUUGUAAAGAAACCUGAACCAGAAAAGUCAAAGAAAAGCACUAGCAAGCAAAAGAUAAAGAAAAAUUCUGGCUCAAAAAAACAAAGCAGAACAAAUUCUGAAGAGCUCCCAGCUAAAAAGAGAAGGAGAAUUCAGGAAUUCUCAUCUUCUAGUGAGGAUGAAGCUAUGGAAGAAGAAGAAGAGGAAGGAAGUCCUGACAUCAUCCCAGCAUCACCUCCCCCCUUACCUAAACCCUCCAGGAGCUGCAUUAAAGUUGGUGAAAAAAAUCCUCGCAAAAGAAGGGUAUUAAAAUCAAAGACAUUUGUUGAUGCCGAUGGAUCCAUGUUGACUGAGAAGGAGUGGGUUGAAGAGGCAUGCAGUGAUAAUGAUUACGAUAAAAGAGAUUCGGAUGAUAAAAAAGUUGCUAAACAAACAGAUGAACCUAAAGUUCAAAAAAAAGUUUCUCCUGUUGCUGAAAAGUCAUCACUGAAAAAGUCAAAACAAUCCUCUUUAAUGGGUUUCUUUUCUAAAAAGUAGUGAAGAACUUGUUUGUUUAUUCAUUCACAAAAUCAAUGUUAAAUUUUCUGUCAUUUUUUGUAUUACAGUGAUCUUACACGUUAGGCAGACUGUGCAGUAAGUCUCAAUCUUUCAAAUUAUGUACAGUUUUUAUAAUGUUUGCUUCUGCAAAUGUUUCCGUGAAAGGUAGCAAUGUUAUUUUUUGAAACACUCCCAAAAUUUAAAGUAUUUGCUUA